AUGUGCAAUGAAUCUCCGGAGACUUUUUUACCUGAGAAUACAGGGCAGGAUCUAUCUAAACAAUUUAUUGCGGGGAUCAAUAAAUUUAAAUCACAGAUGAAAAGAAGAAUUGAUCAAGUAAAUUCGUCAAUUGGUGCUCUUGAUAAAGAGAAUACACGAAAUGAGUUGUCAAAUGAUACUAUAAUUGCCGAAGAUGAGCCACCAAAAGUCAGUGUGGGUAAAAGUAUUGAUCAACGUAAUUCAUUGAUCACUAAGGAUGCAAAUACUGACAGAGAAGAUCACCAACAUAAACAAGAUCUGGAUAGGCUGCCAAUUGAUUCUACUCGUAAUCACAAUCGUCAACUUCGUAAAAAGUGGACCAGUGAAGAACUACAAGCAUUGGAGGAUGGUAUGAGAGAAUAUGGGACGCAUUGGGUUAGAAUAUUAGAAAAGCAUGGUACAUCUAAUGGUCCUUUGAGAAAUCGUACGCAAGUUCAAUUAAAAGACAAAGCGCGCAAUGAAAAGCAACGAAGAAUGAAAGCGGGAAUGGAUGUAGGUGUUUUUGCACAAGCGUCUG